AUGCAUCUUGAUCACAAGAUACCAUGGCACUUGGUUGCUCCCCAUUUCUCCCUCACGCCAGCUGAACAAGAAGGCAACUAUAGCCUAGCUGCGCUGGAUUUGCCCGAGCAGCAAGCGGUGAUCGGCCACUUCAACCGCGUGUUUCUGGCAACUAUCAGAGAAUUCUCUAACACAGAGAACACGAAGAUUGACGGAGUACAAGGAAGUGGAAAGCUGUUUUCCGAUGAUGUCGUGUAUUUCGCUGAACGCCAUUUCGGUCUGGAGCCUCAUGAGGAUAACUCCGCACUGCACAACCCGCUGAAGCCAUCACAUCAGGAUCUGGAGUACUGGAAACGCCGAGCGAAAGAUCCGGACAGCGACGCUGAGCCAUUUUACAGCACCGCUGAUGCCAAUCUCGCCGAUGCAGCCAAGAUGUUGGUCAUUGUAGCUGCUACCGCCGAUGACAAGAGUACUCGGCGUGAGGCUUUAUCCGCGCUCGUCCGUCUUGCCAAGGAGGUACCCUUAUCAAACCUACGAGGUCUUCACUGGGGUCACGCCUUUGGUCUCGAUCUCGUCGCGACCGUGGCGCUGCAAAUGUACAUCUACCUGAACCUCAUUGAAGCUGUUGAGUCUCGGGCAGCACACCGAGUCGCAAUACUAUCUGUUGAACAGUUUCUGUCGUUUCUGAGCAACCACGCCCUUGAGAACUAUGACUUCCCAGCACAGAAUAUUCCGCACCGAGCUUUUUGGUUUUCUUUGGGGGUUACUGAGUCGUGGGUUGCCGGUCGGCGCAAGGGUACUCCUGAAGGGGACAUGAAGGUUGUUGAUCCGUUGGCAGAUGGGUUGGAUGAAGUUCAGGAAAAGGCGAGAGAGGGGCUGAAGAAAUACUUGAAGGAUUGCUUUGCGAUUUUGUAUGUCUAUGAUGUGGUUUUGCGAAAUGCGGUUGGGAUGGAGAGAGCGGAUGAAUAUUGGCAAUAUGAGCUUACAUGGGUGUUUGGGUGGCUAUAA